CAUAGCAUGCUGAUCAGCUGUUUAUUCCGUGUCGUUUCUUAUCUUCGAGGACAGAAGCAGCAUACAGGAAGCAGUAUUUUUGUUUUCUUAGUUAGAUAUUGUUGCAUAUCUGUCGAAAAUCUCAAAAUGGUGUUCUAUUGUCAGCGUCACUGUUAUGAGAAAGAGUAUGCAACAAAAGUUAUUUCAUGCAAGCCAGCCAAACUCGAGGUUGCAGUUGACGGGAAAAAAAAGAAAAAGGUUGACUGCUUUGAAACCACAUUUGAGGACACAUUGUUAUUUCCCGAAGGUGGAGGACAGCCAGACGACAGAGGCACAGUCAAUGGCAUCUCUGUUCUGAGAGUGAUUCGACGUGGUGGAGAAGCGGUGCAUUACCUGGAAAAUCCAUUAGAAGUUGGAGCCACGGCAAAUCAGUGUGUUGACUGGGCUCGGAGACAUGACCAUAUGCAACAGCACUCUGGCCAACACCUUAUUACAGCAAUUGCUGAUUCCAUGUAUGGCUAUGCAACAAGUUCUUGGUACUUGGGAGAAAACGUCUCAUAUAUUGAACUUGACACCCCAAAGGUUUCUCAAGAGGAGAUUGACGCUGUUGAAGAAGUGGUCAACCAAAGGAUACGUGAUGCCACUCCUGUUGUGAUUACUGAAUUUGAUGCUGCGGAUCCCAAGUUACAGGAGAUUCGUACACGUGGUCUACCUGAGGAUGUGGUGGGACCUGUACGUGUUGUGACAAUUGAAAACGUAGAUGCAAACAUGUGCUGUGGCACACACGUUAGAAACUUGUCUGAUCUUCAAGCUAUUAAGUUGCUACACACAGAGAAAGGAAAAGCUAACAAGACAUUGUUGUAUUUUGUGGCAGGUCAAAGAGUUUUAAGAUAUCUUGGCGAAUGUGUAGAGCGCGAACGACAGCUGAACACCACACUUCACUCCUGUCCCGCUGAUCAUAUACGCCUUGUUGAAAAGAUCCAAAAUGACCUCAAAUCUAGUCUACGCUCCUUACGAGAGGCCAUGAAAGACUUAGCGAUCUCAGAAGGGCAGAAAUUUACUGUGCUGGAUCCUCGACCUGCAGUUUAUUUCCAUCAUCGUCGUGAUGGAGAUAUGGACUACUUGAGUGCCAUUAUUAAUGAAAUCAAUGAUGAUAAUGUGUUGAAAGUCUUAACUGUAGGUGAAGACAAAGGCCCAGGCUCACUUGUGGUACACGGACCGCAGGAUCUCGUGUCACAGAUUGGACCAAAGGUAUGCGAAAUUUUGGAAGGGCGAGGAGGAGGCAAGAGUCGAUUCACAGGAAAGGUCACAAGGUUAGGGAAGCGUAACGAAGUGGAGAAGUAUGUUCGAAGUGUCCUAGAGAACAAGACCAACGAAGGAUGAAGGGAUUUUGAAAAUAUUUUAUUGGAAUUUUGUGUGUGUGUGUGUGUGUGUGUGUGUGUGUGUGUGUGUGUGUGUGUGUGUGUGUGUGUGUGUGUGUGUGUGUGUGUGUGUG